AUGGAGAAGUAUGAAAAUAUUAAACAAGUAGGAGAAGGAGCAUUUGGGCAGGUCUAUAAGUCAAGAAGAACGUCAGAUGGCACGGUGUUUGCAAUAAAAAAAAUGCCUGUAGAUAGAGAGACAGGCUUUCCAUUUACAGCCAUAAGAGAAAUAAAACUAUGUAAAAGUGUGAUUAACAAGCACAUAAUAAAGCUCGAUGAGAUCGUGUUUGACGAGGGCUUUAUAUUUGUUGUUCUUGAAUACAUGCCGUAUGAUUUAACAGGACUCCUUGCAUCAGGCGCUAGGCUCAGUACAGAUCAUACAAGAUCUAUUAUAUCACAGCUUGUGGAAGCAGUUAGUUCAAUGCAUGAGCUAGGGCUGGUGCAUCGGGACAUAAAGCCCAGCAACAUUCUCAUGGAUCACCGUGGCAUGCUGAAGCUCACUGACUUUGGACUAACUAGGGAGAUUUCAGGAAUGAUGACAAAUAGAGUUUGCACACUUUGGUAUAGAGCUCCUGAACUGCUACUUGGAGAAACAUCCUACAACUUCAAAGUAGAUGCAUGGUCUGUUGGAUGUAUAAUGCUAGAGAUGAGGCUUGGAAGACCACCAUAUAGAGGGAAUGAUGAAGUGUCCCAAAUAAAGCUUAUAUUUGAAGAGUUGGGUGUGCCUCAGGAUAAAUACAAGUGGUCUGACCUACUCGAUGUUGGAGUUUAUUCCAAAGAUAAGGAUGCUCAAGAAAUAAUCACCGAAAGAUACAGAAGUUUAUUCGACGAGGAAGAACUGAAGGUUCUUUCUGGAUUUUUAUGCUUGACCAGUAGAAGGAGAUUAUCUGUGGUCAAUUCCAGGCACUUUUCUAUCAUUUCAGCUUACAAGGAUACUUAUAUCCCGCUGAACUUUGAGGAAUCACAUGAGCUUUAUAUGAAAGAAAGAAAAGAAACGAGAAAGAUUUAA